UUGCAGGACCCCGAUCAACUGACCCCGCUCGCUCACCUGUCGGACUAUCACAUCUACAGGAUUCCGAACGCAAAGAGACACUUCGGUGCCCCCUUCGAGUGGGGCGCUUGUCUCAGACCGUCCAGCAACGCGGAAGCCGAAGACACCGAGGCUGGCGAACCCGGCCUCAAAGUCAUAGCCUUCCAGAGCGAGAAGUCUCGCACCUGCUGGAUCACCGCCAUGAGGCUCGCCAAGUACGGCAAACAGCUCAGGGAGAACUACAGGGCGUUCAAGAACAAACAGUGCGAACAGACCGGCGCCGGCAGCCCCAAGGAACAGUACAGCAGCUACAACGUCCCCAAUGAAUCCGUGCGGUCCCGAGUGGCCAUGGAUUUCACCGGCAGCGUGGGCAGGAUAGUGGAGGACCCGAAGGAGGCGAAGGACAUCGCCGAGAGCGAAGGCAUCAUCUGGAGAAGAAGAUGGAGGCCCUUCUCGAGGCCACCUCCGGGCUGCGCCAUGGUCAGGCUGCAUGGUCUCGAUGGUGGCAUCCACGUUCUUCAACCAUGGUUCCAUAGUGGCAUUAAAAGGGAACUUGCUGCAGCCAUCAUCCGCGACCAUGGCUCCGUCGACGGGGUCUUCCUCGUCAGAGAGAGCAAGAGCAAUCCUGGAGCCUACGUCCUGACUUACAAGUACAGCGAGAAGGUCUUCCACGCCCAGAUUCAGCCGGUGUUCGACGAGCGCCGCAACUGCUGGCUGUACACCCUCGACAAGGGCGUGACCAAGUUCUACGACCUGCUGCAGCUGAUCGAGUUCUACCAGCUGAACGCAGGUUCCCUGCCGACGAGGUUGACCCACUACGUGCAGAGUGGGAUUCCAGUCCCACCAACGAGGCCAGAAGAUGGCGGAGCAUCGCCAUCCCCACCAGAAGCAGCUCAGAGAUUCAACUCCAAGAACAACGAGCUGCCCAAUCCAGCCAGCAUUUGAGUAUAGCGGUCCCAGCGACCCGGCGAUUUCGACGAGCACGUUACCACUUCGUCUAGCGUGACCAACAACAACCAUCACAGCAGCCAGAACAACAACAACGUAAGCGCUGGGCAUGGCAACGUUCGGUCGACGUCGUCGGGAUGCUGGACCCUCUGCAAGGGGAGCUGCGGCUAGCAGGACGUCCAGGUCGAAGUUGGACCCUGGUACCAUGGUCCAUUCAACGGGACACCAGCUCUCCAAAGCGAAGAGGACACCUGGACGAACGAGGAGCCUGCGAGUCGAAACCUCUUCGGGGUCGAGAGGGCGCGUUCGUCGCGUUUAAAACAUCAGAGGACAACAAAGAGGAGCGACGUCGACCUCCAGGGCUAUCACGCCCCGGAAGUCGAUGGUCGCUCCUCUCUUCAAGGUCUCUCGUGUGGGAUUCUUGAAUUCUCGGGGUGGGUUAGAAGUUAUUAAAGGAUUAUUGACGCGUGCGCGUGCGCCUUAGGACGGGUCGGACUUCCGGAAGUCACGGGGCCCUCCCUCGAGGAGGACCCUGAAGACGGGGCAGCGGUCCCUCGACAGGGAACCCUAGGUCCUCUCCUUCGUCUUCCUGUAACGUAGAAUUGCGUAGCUAGGCUGAUGUCGGGAUUUAUUAAUAAAUUGUGGAGGGUGAAAUCGAUGGAGAAUGGGAAGGAGAGGCUAAGGGGUACCUCUUAAGUGUUUUUAUCGUAUGUUAGAAAUAGGCUUAAGGAAGAUUUUCGAUUCCUUACUGUCUAGUGGAUCUUAAGGUGCUCUUAGAGACUCGAGAAAACGGAUUAAGCGCGACUAAUGCGAAUUAUUAGCGAGGCCAGGAGUCUCCUCCUGUCGCGCUGGCUUUGCCGGUAGUUCCCGGUGUUCUUUCCUUUUUUUUACUUUUUUUUUUCUUCUUUAAUCUCUCGUACCGGAAAUUACCGCCCUCGAGACCUCGGAGUACAAAACAACGUAGACGCAAGACCCCCCUUUUCCUUUUCUACGUGUCGCCGUGCAAAACAAGUGUAGCCUUAGAGAUGUAAGCGACGUGCAAAGAGCACGCCACGAUCGGCGAUGUUCUGUGACCAAUGCGCAAUUUCGCGCAGGCAAUAAGACGUUUGUGACUCGAAGUUCAGUCUUUCCGGCGAGUGUGCCCGAGUUAUUGUAUGUUCGUGCGUGUGUGUGAUCUUCAGGAGCCCGAAAGCGGCCCCUAUUUGUGAGCUAGAGUCGCGAUUCUUCACGAGUAGAUAUA